AUGGAUGUCACAAUUGUCGACGAGUUGUUCAUCAAUCUUGGGGAUCCAGGGAAAUUUCAAAUGAUUUCAUAUUUUUUCCUGGUAACAAACAUGAUAUUUGCUAUAGCUAAUCAUUUGAAUGUCGUAUUUUAUGCGGCCAAGACCCCACACCAUUGCAAACUAAAUGUGAAUCAGACCUUGCAGGAUUUUGUUCCUUUUGUGAGACACAGUAAAUAUGAAGAACAAUUAGAUGGAUGUCAUGUUUAUACAGCAUUGAACAGCUCUGAGACGGAGCCAUGUCGCAAUGGAUGGACAUAUGAUUUAAAACAUGGAGAAAAAACUAUUAUCUCGGAGGUAAUUGCAUAAAUUUGUAUUUUAAUAUUCAUUCUUCCAAAGUUAGCAGUAUUUUCCAUCCAGCAAAGUGGCAAAUUCUCCCUAUCGUUUCUUUUUGGAUUUUUUUUAUUAAUUUGGUUAGGAUUGCGGUUGGGUUAAAGUAGGUGUAGGGUUUGGGUUGGUUACAUAGCCGUUUAAUACCUCUUCCAAAAAUGAUGUCAGGUUAGGGAGCUGUUAACUUCACAUUUCCUUCAUGGGGAUGGUAUGGAUGUAUUCUGGAAUGACCCAAUAAUACCUAUUUCUGCAAACGAAAACCUCCUUUAACACUCGGACAAGAAACAGGAUAUUAUUUCAUAAUCUUGGGCUGCGCCAGUGUUGUUAUUGUGCCAAUAUUAAUAAUUAUUGAUUGAUAGGGAUACAACUACCUGAAAAAUACAAGGAGAACUUCGAUGUUCUGAGCAAAAGCCCUUCAUCCUUCGGCAGUCGACUUGUGGCAAGUCCGACAGAAAUCCGUUUAGAAAUCAACAGAAAUCAGAUUAGAAAUCAAGAAAUCAGGUUCGAAUUCGCGUGAUUUCGAAAUCUCGUACGCUUCAUGUGGCCGUGUCGGCUAUGGUCGGACCCCUCUGGCAAGUCUACUAACUUUGUGGCAAAGGGCCUUCACUCGAGAUGUCAAAAUUCUAGUAUUUUUCAGCUAGACUCAUUCUAGUAUUUUUCUAGUAUCUUUCAGCUAUUUUCACCUAUCAAUCCAACAUUUUUUUAUGCUGUAUUUCUUCUAGUUUAAUCUUGUGUGUGAUGAUGCAUAUAAAAGUGAACUGGCAACAACAAUAUACUUUGGUGGUGUGAUGGUCGGUUCGUUAUUUUACGGAUUUCUUGCAGAUAAAUAUGGUCGAAAGCCUAGCCUCGUAAUUGCUCAGUUAUCAGCAGGAGUUCUUAGCUUUGCAAUAUUUAUAUUUAGAAAUUAUUAUGCAUUUGUCAUCUUACGAUUUUUGCUUGGUAUUCAAGUCCAGGUAAUGAGAGGAUGAUGAUUGCAGUUUGGUUGUGUGUGUGUGUUUAUUUUCUGGAAAGUAUGUCAGCUUGGCUAUGCAGCCUCGUUUCACAACAUUAUAGGUUUAACUGUCACCUAUAUAAAUAUAAGACUGUACUUUCCGGAACUUGGGUGUAAUUGUGAACUAACCUUUUUUAUUUUAAAUGCGAGAGGUGUAAUUUUAAUUUCACUCUUCUGAUUCAUCUAGGCUUUUAUUACAUUAUCUAUUGUGUUAGCUAUGGAGCUAUUCCAGACAAAGCAUCGUGCAAGAGCUGGCGUCUUUUUUGGCAUCAUUGCAGUAUCUGGGGGUGUAGUGUUGGGAAUACUGGCAUAUUUCAUACGAGACUGGAAAUAUAUUCAACUAACUCUCUCUUUCUUUCCAUUCAUUCAACUACUGUUUUUAUGGUAAGUCAAUCACUUGGAAGGUGAAGGCUAUGGGCUGGCAUGAUCCAUGUGGGCCUCGCCUUUGCCGACAAAGUGGGCCUGGCAGACAUGUGACAGGGUUGUGGUUUAUGAUAACAACUUAAAUUUUUGAUAGGUAUUCUUCAAUGUAAUUUUAAUAUCUAUUUUGAAUGUUUCAUUUUACACAGUGUAUCAAUAUUGUAACUGUUUUGAACAACUAAAGGACAAACAAAAUCAAACAAUUAGGCCUUUGGUAAUAAAAUCAUGUUCAAUUUGCACUAUAUUUACACUAGAGCAAUGGAAUGGCAAUUCACCUGAUUUCAAACCAGAUUCUGGAGUCUGGGCAGGUAUUUUAUGUUGAAAUUGUGCUGACAGAUAUAACAUUUGGGGGUUAGACACCGCCCUGGACCCCUCUUUGCUACACCCCUGUCUGUCAUUAAUGUCUCUUCAUCAUUUUUCAGUUUUGUUCUAGAGUCCCCACGCUGGCUGAUUGUGCAUAAACAAUUUGAUAAAGUGGAGAAGAUUGUUCACCGUAUAGUUUCUUUCAACAACUUGCCAUAUCCAGAGCAAGUCAUGCAAGGAAUUAAAAACAACAGCAGCCAGUAUCAAACAACACCAGGUCAAAAGGCAACUGUUUUAGAUCUCUUUAAAUCUCCGUCCUUACGACGGACAACUUUCAUCUUAAUUAUCAUAUGGUAAGUAGCAGGACCUUUUUAACAUGGUAGGCUGUAGUUGACAGAGCCAAAAGGUCCUAGACUGGAACCCCACCCAAUAAUUUUUACGAGAAUGGCUUGUGCAGGAGCGCCAGUAAUAUCCAAUCAACUCUCAUGCAACUCUUGUUCUUGUUUGACCAGGGUUUUAGUGUGACGCCUGCAAAUUAUUAUAUAAUUUUUUCCGUAGGUUCACCGUCUCUGCUGCGUUUUAUGGCUUGGCGAUCAAUAUUUCGUUCUUGUUUGGUGAUAAAUACGUCAAUUUUGCGAUAAGCGAGGCAGUAGAUAUGUGUGCUGUCAUAUUAAUGUUCUGGGCUGUCCCAAAGUAUGGAUACUUUAUGUCCUGAGUUUGUUUCUUAUUUCAUGAAUUCUAACUAAAGCUCUUUGUGUUAAGGUUUGGUCGUCGUAUGCCUUUGACUCUCGCGUUCUUUAUUUGUGGAAUGGCGAAUGUUAUUUCAGUCAUUACAAUCACUAUUGAAUCAGGUAUAAAAUUUCAGAGUUGUUCCAACUGUUUCAUCUCCUGGCCCUGGGCAUAUAUUGGCGGGACAAUAAGGGCCAUUGCAUAGACCAUUGGCAUUGUAUUAUGUUUUGCCGUAAAUACAUCACGAUAACGCUUGAUUUAAGUCAGAACGGCAAUAUUUUUUCGUUAUUUAGAUGCAACGUGGGUAAAAAUCCUAGGAACAGCGACUGCACUUCUUGGAAAAUCUUGUGCAGUAUCUGCAUUGAAUACGUUACCAACUUUCACUGCUGAACUUUAUCCUACUGUUAUACGGUAAAUGAACUGCGUUUGAAUGCGGUUGAAAUGUACAUAAUUCUUGACUGGCAUGUAGUAAAACACUGACUACCGGAACACCGGAACACCACCUAACCCUAACCCCAACCCUAACCCCCAACCCUAACCCCAAACCCUAACCCCAAACAAAAUGGUGGUGUUCCGGUGUUCCGGUAGUCAGUGUUUUACUACAUGCCAUUCUUGACUGGUCUGUGCCAAUGUGGGUAGUGCCACGCCCCGGUAGUGGCAUAAAAAAAACUUUGGAUGGAUGGAAAUGAAACUGCGUGAAAAAUACAAGGAGAACUUGUACGUUCAAGCUGCAGGAGUUAGUAACGACGAAGGGCCUUGAAUUACUCAUGAAGCAAAUAUUGGGGGCGGGGGUUGUUACAUCCGGACUCUAAAAUUCCGUAAUAAAUUUUACUUUGUUAUUAUCUUUUGUAUGUUUUAGGAAUGUGAGUCUGGGUGUGAAUGGUGCUUGGACAAGAAUUGGAGGGAUGCUUUCACCCCAGAUAUUUUUACUUGUAAGUUAUGGAAAUAAAAAUGGAAAUUAUGGAAUAUGGGUGAAACAAUACGAUGCUGACUGGCGUGUACACACGUAAAAAUCUCACAACUUGUCAACAAGAUACAAGCUUGUCAACCAGUUAUAACAAUUCUGUAUUUCAUCAAGUUGCUACAAGUCACUCACAACUUGUUGACAAAUUGUUGAAGUGCAGGACGAUAACUAGUUGUUGGAACAACUUGUAACAACUCUGUUCAGCUCAGCAACAAGUUGUCAACAAACCAUUGACGACACAUCCUGUUGCCAAGUUGUUGGGACAGCAUUGCUACAAGUCUGCUGCAGGUUUGUUACAACUUGUGCGUUUUUACGUGUGUAAAUAAAGUGUGAAUUUUAAACAUUGACCUAAAGUUUGCAACUUCCUUCUAUAGGGUGCAUACACAGCUACGUAUGUCCCAUAUUGCAUUCUGGGCGUGAUAUCUCUCACGAGCGCUUUCUUAAUAUUACUGCUGCCUGAAACACAUAAUAAAUCAUUGAUGGAUACCAUUGACCAUGUCAGAGGAGGAGUGGAAAGGAGGGACGAAGAUGAUGGGAGUUCGCAAAUGGCGGAGGAAAAGGAAGCGUUCUUUCAUGAGGAAUCUUCAGUAUAG